UCUUUGAUAUAAGUAACGCCUCCGCAGAGUAACUCUAGAUGCAGCUGCCGGGAUAUUUAUGAGCGAAAAUGCAGAUAGUGGAGAAGAUGCUACAAUGUCGGGGUUAAAGAGACGCCCCUUUUCGGAGAUAAUCAGGAAAGACCGCAUUGGCAUUUCCAAGUGGCUGUGGUCUCUCGCUUUCCACCGCAGUCACCUAGUGCACGCUUGAUACCAGCCUUAUAAAGACCUUCCAGCGCCUGACAUUGGCAGUUUGUUCCUUUGAGCUGAUGUGUUAACGACUGUGAGCUCAUUUCUCCUCAUCAGGACUCUGAUUAGCCCGCAAAGAAACUCGCUGACAGUCAUGGUCUUGAAAAUUAUUGUGUGCGUCGCGUGUGUUCAGGCGGUGGCAGUGGGCAUAGUGAGUGCCAAAAGUCUGUGGGUCCAGCCGCGCCACCCAUUCCCAUAUGCCGCUGAAAAACAUCGCUGAUCGGACGAAUUGGACCACACGAUGCCCGGCACCCUGACAGACUCCACCACCAUGCUGGCCGCCUCUCCAACGCCUUCAGCGCCAGGCACGGCGGAAAGGGAUCAUUGGAUGGGUGUGCCCUGUGUCCAGCCUCUCAUGACAUCUCCCCCUGCGCGUGCCGUUGUCUGAAUUACACUGCCGCCAUGAUCGAGUGUGGACCUGAGCUUGCGUCAUGCUCGCAGCUCACUGAUGUGAUGAGCCUCAACUCCUAUCCCGUCAACACCUACCUCAGGCUGUUGGUGGCCGACACGACCCUGGCCUGCAAGCUGGAGAAGGCUCUGUGGGGUCAACUGGUGUUUCAUGAGAUCGAGAUAAUCAACAAUAAGUUCCAGGCGCUUGACAACCGUGCUUUCCAGCCUUUCGGAGCCACACUCACUGCGCUCAACCUGGAAGGGAACAAGCUGCAGAACGUCUACUUCUCCACCCUGAGCGACACGCCACUGCUGAAAUUCCUGACGCUGAGCCACAACGAGGUGGAAUUCCUGCCGGCAUACUCCACCAUAACCUUGCCGGUGCUGGAGACAUUCGAUGCUUCCUACAACAAGAUUAAGACGAUUAGGGCCGAAACUUUCGCCGGAAUGCCCAAGUUGCAGAAGAUCGACCUGAGCAACAACGCCAUCACCAAGGUGUACGAGAGGGCCUUCGCUUUCCCCAAGCACGACGCCAGUGGCCUCGUCGUUGACCUUUCUAACAACGCCAUCACCUCCAUUGAAGCUGGAAUGCUGGAAGGCGUGCGUGUGUGCUCCUUUGAUCUGCGAAACAAUUAUCUUAUAAGUCUCCCUGAGGCAGUGUACCGCCCCAUCAUCGACUUCACUGCAGCGUCGGCCGUCUUCUGGACUAAGAAUAAUCCCUUCGAUUGUGACUCCCGCUUCUGCUGGAUCGCCACCAACCAGACAGUGAGCGAGACCUUCAACACCGUGCUUUGCGAUAACCUGGGCAACCGCACUGUGGAAGCGAUCACCCCAGACUGCCUCAUCCCGUCCAACAUUACCACGCCCCGUUACUCAAGAAGCCUUGGCCACCCUCUUCGUCCUGUAUCCUUCAGAAAAAGCCAAGUUUCUACUGCAGUUCGGAAUCUUCGUCGUCCGUCUCUUUGGUGUCCAUAUAAUUACGGAAGUGAAGAAACCAGCGUCUCGGACCAAACGUCUAUUAUGUUAUUGAUAAAGAACAAAUUAAAGGUUAUGCAUGUGUUGAGUGCAGUGUUUGUGGUGGUGUGUGUUGUGCAGGGGUGCCAGGGAGCAUCACUACCCCAAAGCCCAACAACCCUCUUUCGCCAUGUCUUCCCAGCCCCGGACACGCCCGAGCCUGGAGAUUUGGCGACACACCCACACUUGAAGACCAAUGAUUAUAUCGCUUUAGAAAAAUAUUUGAGGACUAUAAUUAAAGAGAAAGAAAUGAAAUACCAAACAGCAAGUGCUUCAAAUACAAAGAUAAGCUCAAACAAACCAGAAAAGGGGCGAGCGAGAGUACCUGUGCCUGUAUCCUUGGCAGACACCAAACCUUCUGACGUAUCUUGCUCCCCUAAAGACCUUUCAUUGUGGGAGGCAGAGGGCAAGGCUAGGAAUAGGCUGCAUCUCUCGCGAUAUUUAAAGCCUACGACAUCGCAAAGUAUUCCUGAGGUGCUGCCGGCGGGGCUGCCUUGUAAGGACCAUAGGAGACACGUACCCAACAUUGCCACGGCACCGCCCGACGUGUGUGAUCUUUGUCCGGACGAGAACGGCAAGAAUCCGCUGGACCCCUGCACAUGUGUGGGUAUCGGCGGGACGAGCGCGGGGCAGAUCUCCAUCAGCUGCCCGUCCACUAUCUACAGCCUGGACCAGAUUCGUGACAUCUUCAACAACACUAACUUCCUCGUCACCCACGUGUUCCAAUUCACCUUGCAGGGGUCCAGGGUGGAUGGCGCCCUCACGCGGGACAUCUGGGGCAACCUGGACUUCAAAUAUGUCUCCAUUAACGACAACAAGAUCACGGACGUAGACAACGGCGCCUUCAUCGGUUCCAAACAGACUCUCAUCAGCCUUAACUUAGCCAACAACGAGAUCAAGAGUUUCAUAGCGCUGUACAACGACUUACCCAACCUGUUGUACCUCAACCUGCGAGGCAACAACAUCUCUCUCAUCUUCUCCGAGGACUACAAAUACCCGUCGCUGACCGAACUAGACCUCUCUGGCAACCAAAUCACCUCCAUUGGAACAAAAUCCUUUGCUGGGCUCAAGAAACUGAAGAAACUCGAUAUGUCGAGCAACGAUCUGACCAGUAUUGGGGACGAGCGGUUCAUCUUCAUUGAUCACAAUUACUCCGAUGUUCUGACCAUCGAUCUCUCACAUAACAAAAUUUCAGUUAUUAGUGACAAAGCAUUCCUGGGUGUCCGUAACGUGGUGAUCGACUUCAGGUUCAACCAGCUAAACACACUCAAGGAAGAUAUCUUCUAUCCCAUUAUCCGUGACAGCCUAUACUACGCCUACUUCUCCUUCAGUGACAACCCCAUGGUGUGUGACUGCCGCAUGCUGUGGGUGCUGCAGGAUUGCAAGGCCCUUGCUUGUUUUGACAACUUUUUGUGUACCAAUAACAACAAGCAUCUGUACUCCCUCUCCGUUGCUGACCUCGGCAACUGUUCCCUAUCCAGUGGAAUGGAUAAUCCUUAACUAGUCAUCUCACACUCCUCAACACGGCCUCGCCUGCAUGUCCAUGGGAGUGGCAGAGCUUGCUUGACCAUUGGCCGUGCUUUGUUGAGCAUGUUGUUAAUAUUCUGGUCCACUUUCUGCAUCAGUGUGCCUCUUCCGUCCUCCAAACUGCAAAAUUUAUUGGCACGUAUUCUUAAGCGAUUGAUUUUCUCAUUAGGGUUUUUUUUUUUUUUUUUUAAGGCCCCAUGGUUAAUCUAGAGCUUUUGGAAAUAGUAGUUAUGAAGCACUGAAAUGCAUAGGGAUACAGAUUAUGGUGUUGUGAUCCCGGAAGAAUAUCAGAGACGACGAGACGAACUCAAACUUUGAGCCUCAGCUCAGGUAUGGCAAAGGUGUUUUCUCACAUGUGAAUUUGAGGCACAAGGGCUGAUGAAAAAUUUAGGAAUAAUUUGAUUGCUUUGAACGCAGUGACUGCCCUCAAUAGAGAUCUUAUUUUGUGAUAUGAUAUUUUUAGACACCUUGGCCUCUAAUAAGGAUUUUUUUCAAGGUUCUCCAGAGAUGAUCAGUAGUGUUCUCAUUGGAGAUCUUCCUAUUGAAGGCACCAAAGCUUUGUUACACUGUGACCAGAAUCACGAUCACACGCUUGAAUACCAUGAUAGCUUUCGUUACUGUGCUGGAUGUAUGACAAGAAAAUGUUAAGAAAUGCAGCCCUUCGUGCUGGGAGAAACACGCCGUACCUCGGACAGCAAGGACACUGUUGGAGGACGCGCCGACUGAUCAUUGCGGGACUUCAAAAUGCAAGUUUAUUAGGUUUGAUCUGCUACACACACACACACACACACACACACACACACACACACACACACACACACACACACACACACACACACACACACAAUGCAUACACGAGUUGUUAUGAAUAUAUAUUUUCGAUUAACCAGAUUACUGUUAAAAAAUCCACAAAGGACAAGGAGUCUUUGAGUUAUAUGUAUCUAUCAAGUGUAUAUCCUUCAAUCUGCAAUAGUUAAGGAUAUGAUUUAUGAAUUCCUCGUGCAAAUGCAUUAUAUAAACGUUUUCUUUGGCUAAUACAUGGUAUAUAAGCGCGAGAUAUUGCAAUAUGUGACAGUGCCUGCGUGUCUGUGCAAACCAUCGAGGGUUGGAGACACGUGAGGCACCACGCACUCAGUAUUUUUGUUGGUAUUUACUGUCGAGGUAGAGGACUAGGAUGUGGUGAGAUGUCAAGCGCACCGCUCUUCCGCUCCACCCUGCAGGCUACUAGCGCGUGGAAUCAUGAUCCAGUACCAUCGCACAGGAACAAUUCUUUGUAAAUGUACUUCCUUCUUCAUGACUUGGGUAAAUCUGCUCCAAAGUAUCGAUUUUUUUUUUAUAUCUAUGCCUAUGAAUGUAAACGUGCAUUUGAAUACAAAGAAUGGCUAUUUACUCACUGACGUUUCGGAAAUCCUUGACUCUGAGUAGUGUCAGUUAGGCAAGGUGUGUGGUAGCCAACAGUUGAGUGACCAUCGUCUCGUCCACCAAACCGGUGUGGAUAAGAUACUACGCCUGAAAAUAGUGACAAACUCAUAACAUAAGAACAUAAGAGAAGGUGCAAGAGGUCAUAAGGCCCACAAACGCCACUCCCUGUACAAAACAUACGUACACUUACUCGCCGAUCUUCGCUAUUCAUGCAUUUUCAAAUUCUUAUUGAAAACGUCUGAUUGACUUGAUACUAACAAUCAAAAUGCUUAAUAGAUAUCAGUCAUCUGACACUCUGUACAUCAGUUUCUUCUUAUGCAUUUUGUUUUAAUCUUACCUUGUCAAACUUGAACCCGUUACCUCUUGUUCUUCGCAGAUUGCAGCUCCUCAUCAUCACUCUUAUUGUAUCUUUUAUACUGUUACAUUCCAUAUAUAACAUAAGGAAAGAAACUUAAACAAACUAAGUUUGCGUAUUAUUAAAUAUUGUAAGUAAUAUCAUGUCCAUCUUUGGAGCAAUAUGGAAAGGCAAAAAUUGAUCUGCAGGUGAGGUUAGUUAGCCAUGGAAAGGUUUUGCCGGAGACUGUACACUGGCAGAAUAAUCAUUAGUGGGUGUCCAAAACGUUACUAAUGAAGCCAAGAUGAUCACCAAGACCUGAAGGUUUUUUAAUUGGCCUUGACUGUCCCGUCACUGUAGUAAGACAUACAUGAAUAGCCUUUCUGAGUGCACGAUGAUGUUGAUCAAAAGCAAGUAUUGUAACGGUGUAUCAGUUCUCCCAAGUAUGAAUGCGUUACAGAAUAAACAAAGUAAGUAUGAAACAGAAAGUAGCAAAAAAGACCACAGAGUAAAUGUGAGAUGGUCUGACGUAACAUAAAUAAAAUCUGUCAUAAGUUGAGGAA